UUGAAAAUUUGUGAAGCAAUUCAUCUGAUUUUAUAUUGGAUUUUGGUUUGAACACUCGUUUUUUAAUUUGUUAUGAGUGGGAGUUCGAAUAAAGCAAGAGUUGCACCAGAACUAGGAGAGGAUGAAAGGGCUCAAAAGAUUCAAAAUGCAUUUGACAAUAUUCUAUGUAAAAAUCGAACGCACACGGACGUCGUAUUUCUGCUGACGUUCAUUCUAUUCAUCACAGUAUGGCUUGGAUUAAUGGGUUAUUGCAUGUUGAAUGGCAACAUGUAUCGAAUUUUAAAUGGAUAUGAUAACUGCGGCAAUAUUUGCGGACGCAACAAUAUAUUUGCUGAGGUGAAUGGUUCGAAUUGUCACGGAAUGGAUAUGACAAUGCACAAAUACUUGCGUGUACAAUCAUGGAGCUUGGAUUCCGUUGACAGUGAUCACAUACAAGUCAAUCGCAUUUGUGUUGAAAACUGCAGCAAUUAUUCUGGAUUUGAAACUGUUUUAAAUCGAUGUGUACCGCAACGACAGCCACCGUCAGCAUCAACACCAUCACAGGUACAGAUAGAUCAACAGGAAUCACUCACCUCAAAAACGGGAAUACAGGACUUUUUCCAGGAGGUCGCCGAGGACAUUUAUUCAUCAUGGAAAGAAACAUUGUACAUGUGUGCAAUCGCCUUUGUAUUUUCUAUCAUAACAUUGGUGAUGUUCAAGUUCUUGGCCGGCGUCAUUGUGUGGCUAGUUUUGAUUGGCGUUAUCUUUGCAUUCACUGCAGCAUCGGCUCUUUUAUGGAUUCACUACAUGGUCGAGACUCGUGAUGCCACAAGAGAUACCAUUGGAAAGCGACGUAUCAAAACUUUUCUGAUUUUGGCCAUCAUUUCCACAAUAAUAACUGUUGCUUUGAUUGUAUCGAUCAUUUUUAUGCGUAAACGCAUAAAACUUGUGAUUGUUCUAUUCAAAGAGGCGGGAAAGGCCGCAUCUGACAUGCCAUUGUUACUGUUGGAACCAAUUUUGACUUUUAUCGCAAUAGCUGGUGUGAUUGCAUUGUGGCUUUAUUUUUCCAUUUGGAUUGAAAGCUCCGGCAGACUAGCCAUACAAAAUACUACAAAUGCAAAGUUCAUCAAAGAUGAUACGAUGAAAGCCACUCGAUGGUACAAUAUGAUGGCAUUAUUUUGGUUGAUUCAAUUUUCAAUUGGCUGUCAACAUAUGGCCAUCGCUGGUGCGGUUGCGGUUUGGUACUUUGCAAGGAAUAAGAAUGACUUAGAUUCACCCAUCCUGACCAGUUUUAGUAAUUUGGUUCAUUAUCAUUUAGGAACGGUGGCAUUGGGCUCACUUUUGAUUGCCCUAAUUCAAAUGUUUCGCUUAUUGCUACAAAUGGCAGAUAACUAUACAAGAGGCAGCGCAAAUCGAGCCACUCAAUGUUGUACCACAGCAUGUCAAUGCUGUUUGGGCAGCUGCCAAAGCUGUCUACAAUACAUCAAUCGAAAUGCAUACAUUGAAACAGCAAUAUAUGGAGAUCCAUUUUUCCGAGCUGGUUCCAAGGCAUACAACAAAUUGAUGUCGAAUAGGUUGCGAGUUUUUACGAUAAAUACGAUUGGUGAUUUCGUAUUGUUCCUGGGCAAAGUAUUCGUUGUAGCGAUCACACUCUUAUGUGGUACGGAGCUAUUACAUUCAAAAACCGAAAUUCAUCACAUAUGGGUACCUCUUACUCUGGCUGGCUUUUUUGCCUAUCUCAUUUCGCACUGUUUUAUUACUGUUUACGAGAUGAUGAUUGACACGAUUUUUUUGUGUUUCUGUGAAGACUGUGAAAUGAAUGAUGGCUUGGAGCGACCGUACUUUAUGCCAGCGACCCUAAUGGAUUUCGUACAAAAUUCGAAAAAAGUGAUGGGAGUUGAUUGAAAAAUACAUUAAUGAAUACUGUCAUCAGUUUUGGGUUUCUGUAGUACAUUACUAGAGAUUGUGUUUGUGAGUCUAUUUUGGUGUAAGUUCAGUAGCUGUUGUUGCAUUUUCUUGGUGUGAAUAUCUAAUAUUUAUCAAAAAAAUGAUAUGUACAAUUUUUUGUCUAGUCAUAAUUAUAUGAAAUGAAUAAGUUUUUUUUUAAA